AUGAUGCCUUCUCUACUCCCAGUGCUUCUUUUCUCACUGUUUAAUAUCAUUGAAAGUGUUAUUCUUUAUGAAUUUAUCCCAAACAAUGUAGGUAUAUCAAAAGUUGACCUUUAUAUGAAAUUCGGUCUAACUAAGGCACUACCAGCAGGCAGCAUGAUAGUAAUUGCGGCAGAUUUUGCAAGUUAUAUCUUAGCUAAUGGUAAUAUACAAGAUAACUGUUGAAGCAAUAUAGAUUAUGUUAAUUGCGAAAUAAGUAGCGGAAUAAUUCAACUCUAUACCUCGUCGAGCAUCCCUGCAUAUACUACUAUGACUUUUUAUUUUGACAAUAUAUUUGAUUUCACAUCUCAAACUCCUGGAGACACUGCAUUAGGAUUUUCAGUGACGUCGUCGUGGAAUGGGGUUACUAUAACAGAAGAUGCCAGCAAUACAAAUAUCGUCACGAUUGGAGCAAGCGUAGCUGAUACCUUCACUGUUUUGGGAAUCAGUGCAGAUAACCCAACAAUAGGGGAUAUGACUAAUUUUCGAUUUAUAUUUGCUACUAGUGCUGAUGUGAACCCAGGCGACAAUAUUUUAAUUAAAUUUGAUAGAGUUUUUAACCCAUGAAUUGCAGAGCCAGCAGAGUUAGAUAUUACGGAUAGAAAUGAUCAAAACUUUUAUCACGUAGACUGUAGUUCAGAUACAUUAGGAAGCAUUCAAUGCACAGCUGGACAUUGAUAUUUAAACGUAACAGGUGUAACUAAUACAAUAAACGCAGGAACUUUAUUCUAUUUAUCGAUAAAAAAUGUAUUGACACCUGAUUUAAGCAAUAUACAUUUUAGUCUUUAUAUUUUUAACUCAGCUAACCAAUUGAAAAUUUAUUGAAACGAUGCGGAUAUGAGCACAACAAACUCACUCCCCGCAAAUGCGAUUGAUAUUAAAACCGUAAGCCUUUCUGAUAAUUAUCUAUGGGAUACUUCUGACUAUUUUUUUGAGUUUUACCUUGAUUUUUCUCUCACUUUGACUAAUGAUUAUUCAUUUUAUAUUCUUUUUCCUCAGCAAUAUGAUUUUAAUUCAAAUAAUACAGCAAUCCCUUGCAGUGCUGCUUAUCAGGAAGAUGGAGGUUCUCUGACUACUUGAAUUACCUCACAAUCCUGCAGCUAUUACAAUAAUUAUGUAAUUUUCCGCAUCCCCUCGAAUUCAGGCUCUUAUUCAUUCUCCGCAACGACGAAAAUAACGAUAUCUUUAUAUGGAAUUGUGAACCCCAGAUGAGCACAAAUAAAUCCAUGGGGUUCUGCCUGAGGCGAUACAAAUUUUUAUGGGGACACUUAUUAUAUCAGUGAUAAAUUUGAAAUUGAGGUUUUCCAAGAAUCAUUGAGUGUAAUCGCAGGCAGAAGUUUUGGAUUAAUGCAUAGUGGAUAUGUUGGGCUGAGUAAGGCAGUUAAGCAAUUUGCAUUUAAAUAUCCUCAAGGCUGCAAAAUUUAUUAA